CUUUUUCAAUCCUCUAUUUCUAUAUUAAGGUCAUACAAAAAUCAUAUAUGCAAAUAUUCUGUGCUCCACAAUAUAUAGUAUAGACUGAGGAUGUUAAUGUUCUUAAUGUAUGAAUUAUAGAAAAAAUCAAAGAUCUCCUCCUCUCGAAGGCUGGGGUUGAAGAUCAGACUGUUGGCAGUUGCUGCUCAGAUGCUGCAGGAGGACACACAGCAGAAGAUAAAGGAGAGAGAAGAUGCUCUGGCAGAAAGAGUUCCUCCUCUAAAUCUGUCUGGUCUGUCUUUGCAAGAGUUGCAGGAUCUAUGUAAAGACCUGCACCACAAGAUUGAUGUUGUGGAUGAGGAGCACUAUGAUAUUGGCCUCAAGGUUUCCAAAAAUGACAAGGAGAUUCAAGAUAUGAAUCUGAAGAUCACAGAGCUUCAGAGCAAGUUUAAGAAACCAACCCUGAGGAGAGUGAAGAUCUCCGCUGAGGCCAUGCUGAGCGUCCUGCUGGGCUCCAAACACAAAGAGUCCUUCGACUUCAAGGCCAACCUCAAAACAGUCAAGAAGGAAGAAGAAAAGAAGGAGGAGGUGACUGACUGGCGUAAGAAUGUGGAAGCCAUGUCUGGUAUGGAGGGAAGGAAGAAGCUGUUUGAUGCCUCUGGAAACUAAAAAGAAAUAAUUAUUUUUGUUUAAAUCAUCUUCUUAGGACUAAUUCUUAACAUUAUCUACCAUCUGAUUUAUAUCAUAUUGAUUUAGUAAACAUUUGCUGGUAGGAUAAACACCCUUAAAACUAGGAUUGUCUUGGAAAAGCAACAAACAUUGUUAGUUUGUUGCAAUAUUUUGAAUAUUUUAAAAUUGAUUGUAGGCUUCAAGUUGUUUUUAAUUUAUUCAUAUAAUAGUAAAAAAUGAAUUAUAUAUGGUAUUAAAGACAGUGCUGUAUUCCGAUGAGUUGACUUUCAAUCUACUUCAGUAUUAACCACUGCGUAUUAAUGAUGCAGUGAUUGUUUGCAGUAGUUCUCCGCUGUGGCCUCAAGAUGGCAGUAUAAUUCUUUCAAACCAUCACAGUCUACUCAGACACUGUGGACCCACAGCAGAGUAUUUUGACUGAGGAGAAAAAGUUUUUGUCCCUCAAAACUUAACAACCAAUAGUGUGUUAUCUAUUGUGAUAAAUUACACAUCCAUAUUGUUGUCUGAUAAUUAAAGAUAUACUGCUAAAAAUUUAAAUCAAACAGUAUAAUUUCAGUCUCUGUUAAAGUUGUUGCAGUGGGAGAAUGUUUUCAUCAUAUUUUAUGUACCUGAUACAAAGUUGGAACCAGCACUGGUGUCUUAAUAAAACACAUAACAAUC